ACGCCUACUUUCCUUUCCCGCAACUCUACACCACACCAACACACAAUCCAUUAUUAGCAUUUGCCACCCUUUCAAUUUCAAUUGCCUCUCUUCAUAUCUCAUAAGUUCUUAUAGCUUAAAUAAAUAUCCAAUUUAAUUCCUCGAUUACACAUGAGUAGUAAUUAAUAUACUAGAACAACAACACAAACAUCAUAACCAAGUAGUAGUUGGUGAAUUGUGCAACACGAUGGAGGGCCACGAUCUAUCGCCACCUCAAGUAGACACAUCUCGACCGUCCCUUGGGUUCCCACUUGGCACCGCCCUCCUCUUGAUAAUCAUAUUCAGCUUAAGUGGCAUCUUCUCAUGUUGCUACCACUGGGAAAAGUUCCGUUCACUUCAUCAAUCUCUUUCCGAUCUUGAAGCUGCACACUCCCACACACAAUCCCCACCCUCAAAGUCUAAACCUCACUCCACGGGAAUGGAGGGGGAAAAGAAAGGACAAAGUUUGACGGUGUUGAUGCCAGGGGAUGAUGUCCCUAAGUUUAUAGCUAUGCCUUGUCCAUGUCAACCUUUGCAGCUAGAAGAGAUUAAUGUUUGUGUCGACGAGCCACCGCUCAAACCACCGUGACUUUCGCUGGCACCGUAUAUUAGCCACCAUGGCAUGUUAUUGUUGAUCAUUAAUUAACUUGCUGCGUGUAUAUAUAUAUAUGAAUGUGCAAAUUAAUGCAUUUUGCCACCAUUAAUUAUGAGUAGUAGUUUAGAAAAUUUUGAUAGAAAAAUAUUAAUAAAUUACUGGUUAAAAUA